AUGGACCUUUGCAUACAUUUGCUGAAUCAAGCCAAGGUAGAAGUGUCGCGCACAAGGAAGGAGUUGAGGACUUAUUUUAUAGAGAAAUGCACGAAUCUACAUGGAAUAACAAGAAAGAAGAGAGGAGGACGGAAAUAUGGACACGGAGAUAAUGGUGCUUCGCUACUAAAAGCAAAACUCCCUGAUCCUCAUGAAAUUCGCCGAGAUAUUGACGAGCUCAUAGAAUCUAUUCCUGAGAGAUCUGGAGAGAAGUUGAACUCGAUUGGAAAAUGUUUCAGUCAGAUGGAGACUAUCUAUGGGAAAAAUCUAACCGAGGAAGUCGUGGAAGCAGAAGAUAAGAAGCAGAAAGAUCCGUUCAUAUCGAUGGCACAUGACCUUCAAUAUGAAACAACGGAGGCGUUUUCACAUGAUAAGGAAGAGUCUGAAAACGGAGAAAGAAGUUGUUCAAAUGUCAUGCCUUCAAAAAUCCUGAAGAACUCGGCAUCAAAAGGGCGUCAAAGGAAGGCAUUCAAACGCUCCAAUGUUGAACGUAAAAGCGGCAAAACCACAUUGGCUGAAGAAAUGAAGAAGAUGGCUAAACUUUGCCAAAAAGGGCGAGAUGGAAAACCAGAUAUCUACGAGCUUCCGAAGUUACCGGAACUACAUCAUGAGAAUGGUCGGAAGACAACUAUGAUCAAUGGGCUUGCCAACUACGUCUAUGGCGUUCGGUGGGAAGACGGAUUUCGGUUCAGGAUCAGCACGGAAAAGGGAGAUCUGAAUGUGGACGACAGGGCCAACAGCCAGACCAAAGAAGUGACCGCCUAUUCUUUCAACUGGCAGGAUGGCAUGAUAUUCCCAUACACUCUCGUCGUUAUUGAUACUCCUGGAUUUGGGGACUCCGAAGGGAUUCAUAAUGACAUGGAACAUGUUUUUAAGAUGCGGGAGUUUUUCGAGCUCUCAGCGCAAUACGGUAUUGUCCAUAUACAUGGCGUUGGGUUUGUGCUGCCAUCAUCCUCAAGCAGGCUCACUGCAACAGAGAAGUAUAUAUUUCACUCCGUCACUCAACUGUUCGGAAUUGACACCAAGGAGAAAUUCAUGAUGUUGCUAAGCUUCUGUGAUGGAGGAGAGCCACUGGCUAUUCAAACAUUGAAAAGUGCUCAAUUCUUCUACUGCAAUCAUUACACUUUCAACAACUCUGCCCUUUUUGCGGGCAACAAUGACGCAUUGCAAAAGAAGUUCUGGGAAAUAGGAAUCAAUAGCAACAACAUGUUUUUAGAACAUCUGAGCAACACGGCACCCGUGAGCCUGGCUCUUACAAAGGAAGUGCUCACACGAAGAGAAGGCUUGGUGGAGAACCUAAAGCGAUUGGAGGCCGAUAUCAGAGAAGUGUCGUCAAAGAUUUCAAAUCUUCAAGACGAAUGUAAACAGCUCAAAAUGAAGAAAUCGGAUGUUUCUCAAAUUCUGGAUUUGGUUAAAGAGACUAUUAAAAUUCCGUUGGAGGUGGAAGUAGCGAUCAACUGUUCCCUAUGCAGACAGACAACCUGCGAAUAUCCAGCCACAGUAUCAAAGCCGAAGGACAUCAAGGAAAGCACAUGCAUGGAUCCUGACAUGAAAUUUACAUGUAGAAAAUGCGGAUGCUCCUGGAAGAGUCAUCAAUUGGAACGAAAGAGAUACGUCUUCAAUGUCGCUAAGUACAGGAAUCAUGAGAAUCCAGUAAAGCCCACCAAGAAAAAUAUUCAGCUACCUCGGGAGCAGAAACUCCGGCAGCUAACUAUUGAAAUUCUAAAGAUCCAGGUGGAACUGCUCGCUCGGGUCCAGCAAGCACAUUCGACUGCGCAGCGGCUCAAAGAAAUCGCCCUGAACCCGAACCCCCUACCAUUAGAGGAAUACAUAGACUUUCUCAUUGAUGCUGAGAAAAAGAACCAUGAGGUGGGGUUCGCAAAGCGAAUCGAGCAGCUAGAGCAGGUGAAGCAGGUGAACAAAGUUUGGAUGGAUAUCCUGGGGGAGAAUGAUUCAGAUGCCCAAGUGGAGCCGCCCGACGAUGGUAACGACCCGACCGGCGGCAUCCUUGCGAUCCAAGAAUUAGCCAUCCUGUUCUCUCCCACCCUUAUGGGAUCCCGCCCCUUUCACCCCCUGGAGUUACUCUCCUUUGCACAGAGGAAAACGGGACUCGAAGUAUUGUGCAUUUCCUGCAUGAAGACUCACAUCGAGGUGUGA